AUGACAGCCAAUUACAGAUCGCUAAAGACAGCGGUGGACUAUGAUUACGGGUAUAUGAUGAAACAAGGGAUCGGCGAAGAGAAGAGUUGGAGAGAAAAGAAAGAACACCCAUUUGACGACCAUGCAGGGAGAACAAAAUUGGGAAGAAAUAACACCUCUUUGAAUAAUCCUCCUUCCAAGUGCCUCCACUUUGAAAAUGGAAGUGCCAAAUUGGUGGAAACGAAAAAUGGAUAUGACAAAAAUGAUCGCAAAGAUGGGCAGUCUGAGGAUGAACUAACAGCGAUACAGACAACUUCUACAAAGAGGGAAUUUUUCUUUAAAAAAAAAAACAAGAGCUACAAAGAUGACAUCUUAGGAGACUCCACAAUGGAAGACAACACAGUCAUCGUGUCGAAUGGGAAGAAGCGUCAUUGGGUAGACGGACAGAAUGAAAAGUGUGAACACGGAGAAAAAAGUUUGAAGAGGAAAAAAAUAAAUGAAAUUAUAAAUAAGUAUAAGAAAAAUAUGACAUUAUUACAUGGUAGAACAAGUAGUGAGGAUUCUGUUAACUGUGGCGGAGUUAAUUCAAAGGAAGAUGGGAGCAACUUCAAUUUUGAUGGUACCUACAAUUUGAAGGGGAGUAAUCAUGUCCAUUGUAUCGACGCAGAUCAGGCAACUAAUCUGCAAGAGGAUAAGGAUCCCCAGGAUGGUAAAAAGAGCCAAGUAUAUGAUAAGCAAAAAGGUGAGAAUCACCAGUGGGAUACGUUAAAGUUCCUUCAAAGGGGACAUAAAGAAAUAAAAGAAAAUUCAACUCAGGAUAUUACCGCACCUCGAAAAGGAGAAGGAAGUGUAAUCUCGUCAAAAGGGAAUAUCUCGAAAAAGAAUUCUGAGCCAACAGAAAGUGGUGAAAAUGGCGAGCGAAGUUAUAUGAGCAAGUAUUCUCUCCUUUGGGAAAGACGAAAGAAGGAAUACUAUUAUGGUAGCUCCGAAAAUUUGAUAAGUAGGAAAAAUUACGGAAUUAGUUUGGGUUAUAAACACCCCGAUGACCAAGUGGGGGCCAAAAGUAAUUCAAAGCUUCUAUCCUUUUUGAGCGAAAGGAAAAAGGAGGAAACGGAAGGGACAGAACCUCCUAUUAAACUGAAUGCAUCCAACGGGGAAUAUAAACAUUUGUCCAGUUUUAAUCUCCCCAAGGUGUAUUACUCCCCCGAAGGGGAAAAGAAGGAUAGCGCACUGGACACCGAGGGAGGUCUUUCCUACGGGGAGGGAAACCUUCAAAAGGGUAAGAAGAGCGGUGGCACCAACCUCGGUAACACACAUCUGCGUGAUGAUGACUCCACCUCGAAUAGUUAUCACGUACCCGUUGGCGAGCAAAAAAGCAAUUCUUUAAUUUUUGACAAGUCCAGCGCUAUCCAGGGUAACAUAAUUAAAGGUACAACGAAAGGGACCUCAACGGGUAGAUUUUCUCAGUUUAACAAACUGUUUAACCAGACGGCAUUCACGGAUGAUGAAAAGAGGAUCAGAGAAAGAUUCGAGCAAGUGAAACAAAUGGAGAAGGCAAUCGAUUUUGAGGAGGGCAUAUCGGAUGAAAAGGGGAAGGGAGAGGAUCAGCAGAAUGAAGGAAGGAAGGAAUUACUCCAUGUGGGUGAUCCCAUGGGCGAAGCAAGUAGCACAGGGGGACGUAGCGAAAGUGGAAAGGGUAGCCUCAAAGGUUGGAAAGAUGUUAAAGAGAAGAAUACAAAUGUGGACGACAAAUUUGCUGAAUAUAAAAUUGGUGAGAACAAUUCCCCACUGGUGGGUAAGGAAGCGUCAAGAGAUACUUCUAAUAAAGAGAUGACAUCAAAGAGGGAAAACAAGUUAAGAUAUACUUUCGAAGUUGGGGAGACAAAACCUCAAGGAAAGAAAGAAGAACAUAAAAUAAAGGGGGGGGGUAAUUCGUAUUUCCACCAGGAUGAUACAAGUGAGUAUCCACGUGAGGAAAAGAAUAUAUGCAAUUUCAACAACGAGGGGGAAUACGAAACGGUUAAGGCAAACCAUCCUAGUGAACAACACAUUCAUGUUGGUGAUAAACCAUCCCCAUGGACCGUGGAUAAUAAGGAUAGGAAUCUUUCUCUUUACGAUAAAAUUAAACAUUCUGUUCAGAGUAAAGGGGAAAAGGAUAUUCAAUGGAAAAAAGGGGAGGAGGUAGAUAAUCGCCAAGUGGAACCCACUACGGAUUCCAACAGAAAUGGGCCUAGGUUCGAACAAGGUAAAAAAUGGGAUGCCUUGAGGGAGAAGUAUCUAGACCUGAAGAGAAAACAUGCCAUUGGUUUGAAAGGAGAAGAACAUCGUUACGCUUUGGGGGAAGAGAAGGAAAAAGGCGCCCGCAUGUCAGGCCAGGAAAGGGACAAACUGUGUAACUUGUGGGUCGGAGGAAAAACGAGCAUGGGAGGAAGUGUGGCAUCAGUAAAUGGAGUGAUGCCCCAUUUGGAUCAAUCGCUUAGGAAAAAGGUAGAGCAAAGAAGCGAAAAAAAGGCAGAAUCGGAAAAAGCGAAGGGGAUGACCACCAACUCCCUAACCUAUGCGUUAAGUAAUGAUAGGACAUCAGAGUAUAGGAGGAAUGGUUUACCAAUUCGUAACGAGGGUACGGGAAACAGCGUGGGCGACCGUAAGGGAAAUUGGGAGAAGGAGGAGGGGACGCACACAGAGAAGCAUUCCAAUCAGGCAACUGCAGAGCGGUUCAAAAUCGUCAAGGAUAAAAACUUCCUCAGUGUGGACCUACGUAAGAAAUAUGCCAGUAGCCCAGUCCGCCAAACAAAUAGCGGAAGGAGUGAGGAAGUAGAGAAAAGUUGGAAAGUCUCUUCCACCAAGGCGCAAAAAAGGCGAGAAACCCAAUUUGAGGUGUCCACCAGGAUAGAAGGCAGGAAAAAGGAGAAUUCUUCACAUAUCGGUGUGGCCAUCACGAAGGACACGAAGGAUACGAAGGACACGAAGGAUACGAAAGACACGAAAAAUACGAAGGACACGAAAAAUACGAAAGACACGAAAAAUACGAAGGACACGAAAAAUACGAAGGACACGAAAAAUACGAAGGACACGAAAAAUACGAAGGACACGAAAAAUACGAAGGACACGAAAAAUACGAAGGACACGAUCGAUGAGCAGGAUAAAGGGGGGAUACACCCAAGUGAGGAUAAGAUUUUAAAAAAGUAUCGUCAUUUUUUGAGGAAGUCCCCCCCACGUAGGAGUCCAUACGUAAGAGAGAAUAAAGUGGUUGCAUACCCAAGCGAACUGCUUCACGAACGUGAAGAGUUAAAAGGGAAGGGAAAAAGUAAUCAACCUGUUAAUAACCUAAGGGGGGAGAAAAAUCGCAGUGGUGAAUUUGCGCUACCAACAGAUCUGGCAAAGAAGAAACCUCCCAUGGGGAAAGGAAUAUCCGGCGGUGAGUACCCGGAAAAGGUAAGGAAACUGAACGCUCAGACGAAGGAAAAAAUCAACGUAGGAGUAAAGACCAAAGGAAAAAAUUCACUCUUCCAUUCGACGAAUGCCCAAACGGAUGUACAAAGAAAGAACGUCGUUAAAAAUAUUUCGAAUGAUCUGCACGUGUCGAAUAUAGACAGUCUAGAGGAAAUAAAAAAAAAAUAUGAAAAUGUGAUUAAAAGAGUGAAAGAAAAUCUUUAUACUGACAAGAACGACGCCAAGUUGCCCGGAGAGGGCAAAAGAACCAAUUCGAAUGAAAGGAUAAAAGAAAAUUUAGACAUGAUAAAGGAACAUUUUAAUAAGGAAAAAUUGAAAAUAGAUGAGGAGAACAGAAUGAGGCAUGAAAUUAACAUGAAGAGGAAAUUGUACGAAUUAAAGAUUAGGAAAGAUUUUGAGGAGAAAAUUCGAAUUCGUAGGGAGAUGAACGAGAGGAAGAUAAUGGAGGAAGGUCCGAACGGGCAAGUAGACAACGUUGACAUGGUAGAAAACCACCAUAAGGAAGACAUUCAUGUGGACGAAGUGAAGAAUGGCGGACUUGAGGGUCGACAAGGAGAUGGAAUAAAGGGAAAGGAAGUGCAAUACGGAAAGGCGACACAACGAGAGAAACAGAAAGGCGAGAAAAAAGUGGUAAAGUCUGAACAGAAGAAAAACAUCUUUGAAGAUUAUUCCAGCGAUGGAAGCUAUUAUAAAUACAUGUACAGAAAUCUUUACGAAGAAACAUGGAACAACAAAAUGAAAAGCCACUACCACGAUGUGGGAGAUAAUUUUUACCUGCAGGAUUGCUCAGAUAAUUUUUUCCUCAAUGCCAAGGCACACUCGUCAGUUGCCGAUUCCCUUUCUAACAGUUUUGACAAUGAGUUAAUAUCACUGAGCAGAAUAAAGUUUGACGACUUCGACUACAAUUAUUUGAACGAGGUUAACAGAUCUGUGUUGGAGAAAAAGAGAAGUCCGCGCCAUUCACGCGGUGCGCGCUGUUCGUUGGACGGGAAAAAGGACAUGGGAAGAAAUCCCAAUCUGUUGAAGCCGAAGGUUAUAUUUACCGACAGCGAAGAGAGCCCUAGAAAGAGAGGUGAACAAGGGAAUACACACACGAGCGGUGGAGAUAAGAACGGAAGUAGCUUUAGCGAUUCUUCUUUAAUCAAAAGAAGAACUAAACGUGGGGAUAGAAAAUCCUCCGAUUGCUUCCGCAUCCCGCCGGACUCCACUGCGUACAAAAAAAACGACAGCGAAAAUAUUCUGAACAAGUUGUUGCUGAUAAAGCGCCAGAAUAGGGCGCACUCGGGGGAGCCACUUGAAGAGGUCGAAGCAGACGAAGAGAUGGAAUCGGAUAGGGAGAUGAAACCAGACGAAGAGAUGGAAUCAGAUAGGGAGGUGGAACCAGACGAAGAGAUCGAAUCGGAUAGGGAGAUGAAACCAGACGAAGAGAUGGAAUCAGAUAGGGAGGUGGAACCAGACGAAGAGAUCGAAUCGGAUAGGGAGAUGAAACCAGACGAAGAGAUGGAAUCAGAUAGGGAGGUGGAACCAGACGAAGAGAUCGAAUCGAACAGGGAGAUGAAACCAGACGAAGAGAUGGAAUCGGACAGGGAGAUGGAAAGGAACGAAGAAAUAGAACCAGAUGGGGAAACAGAAGUGGAUGAGGAAAACAAAACCAACAUGGAAGAAGUAACCCUGGAGAAUGACCCACCUGAAGAGGAGAGUGUUCAUCUCGCCCAAAAGAAACAGACACGAAACAAACCAAGCUCUAGAAAUGAUAAUAACACGGGGGGAUAUAGCCUCGCCAUGGAGAGGAAUAGCAGCCCAGGGGAAGAACAUUCGACGGGAAUAAAAGAGUCCAAUUUGAGAGAAACGGAUGUGGAAAAAGAAAGAAAGGUAAACGAAUGGAGAGACAAAAACAGACACAAGAACCAUUCGAAUAUUUUAGAGGAUCAACAGAAUAAAAUGCCAAAUAAAUCAAGCGGAAGUGAUGAAAGUGAAGACGAUGAAAAACAUCUAAAGCAUUCCUUAUCUUCAUCGGAUAAUGGAAUUCCAAAAAUUAACAUUCUAAACAAUAGAGAAAAUUAUAUUCCUCUAGAUGUUGCUCUUAACUUCGUUAUAGACAAUGAGAAACUAAAAAAAACGAACGUGAAAAAGGAACACAAAGGAAGCCAAAAGAAGAAGACCUUCGUGCAGUGGCUGAUGGAUGAACGCAAGAAACGACUGAAGAACAAUUUACCCAUCGAUAUUUGA